UACGAAUUUCAGGAAUACCUCCUAUACCGUAUAAUAAUUCUCACCCUUGGGGGGUGCUAUUUACGGUACUAGGAACAGUGAUGCUUGACUUUGAUGCCGAUGCAUGUCAAAGUCCUGCGAGAGCAUAUCUAUUGGACGUUACUUUACCAGAGGACCAUGCUCGCGGCCUAAGUACAUUUACUGCGAUGGCUGGCAUGGGAGGUUUUUUUGGAUAUGCUUUGGGAGGCAUAAACUGGGAUGUGACAUUCGUAGGAUACCUUCUCGGAGGUCACGUGCGCGCAGUCUUCACCCUCAUCACCGUCAUUUUCGUCGUGUGCGUCUGCUACACAGUGACCAGCUUCCGGGAAAUGCCGCUGGCGGCGCUCGAAGCGAGAGCGGACGGGACCGCAGAUUUUGGCGAAGGACCGAACAAUUAUGGCGAAGGCGAAGACAUCGCGGGUUCUGGCGGAGGCGCGAACUAUGGCGCGAUCCUGAACACCGAAGUCCUUGAAUCACCGGAUGGUGCUGCUUUGAAUUCUGCCACAUGCGAUACCAAAUCGAGGGAAAACAUCACUGCCGAUCCAAACGCUUCCUUACUUCUAUAUCUACAAAGCAUCAUCUACAUGCCUCACUCCAUAAGGAUGUUGUGUUUGACGAACCUAUUCUGCUGGAUGGCGCACGUAUGUUAUUCCUUGUAUUUCACGGAUUUCGUGGGAGAGGCGGUAUUCAACGGAAAUCCAACGGCCAUAGAGGGGAGUAUAGAACGGGAACUAUACGAGUCAGGAGUUAGAUUCGGAUGUUGGGGGAUGUCCAUGUAUUCUCUUUCCUGUGCCUGCUACUCCAUGAUGAUUGAAAACUGCAUCUUCAGAUUUGGUGCCAAAAAGGUUUAUGUCGGUGGACUUCUGGUGUAUUCGACAGGAAUGCUACUGAUGGCAAUCACUAAACACAAAGUGGGAGUAAUUCUCUUCAGUUGGACUGCUGGCGUCAUGUAUUCGACUCUCUUCACCAUGCCGUACUUGAUAGUGGCCCAUUACCAUGCUAGAGGAACAUUCGAGACUACCAGUGAGGGGGAAGAAAAAAUAUCCACGCAACUUCGAGGGCUAGGCACUGACGUCGCUAUAGUCUCCAGCAUGGUGUUUCUGGCCCAGUUCAUCCUGUCCCUCUGCAUGGGUACCAUCGUAAGCGUGACUGGUACUACCACGGCAGUCGUCAGUGUGGCCAGUACCCUGGCGUUUUUCGGUGCCAUAUCUGCUACACAAGUGAUGUAUUUGGAUUUGUAAAUAGUGGCGUAACUGGAGUUACAACAUACGUUGAAAGAUGAUCGAAUA